AUGAAAGACCCGAUGGAUCUCGAAUUUCAGACUACCCUCGGGCCCAUCCACUACGUGAAGAAGACCGAAUCCUGGAGCUUCCCACGACCGUCAAAAGCCCCAUCAUUCUCGUAUACCGGAGUGACGAAGACGGUGAUUCCAUCGCCUCCACGGACCUCCAGUCCCGAGCCACUUAAUACAUCUGAUCGACCACAAGGUAUCAAACGGAUUCUUAAGAAAUACCCGGACCUACGUUUAAUGCGCUUCCCUUGGAGUCAGCACUACCCUUGGAGUAAGCGCUUCCCUGGGCACUUUCGCGAACUUCCCGAAUUGUUGCCAGCGAGCAAUGAAAAUUACACGUCCCACGUAUCUUCACUACUGGACCUAGGGUAUGCCGCAAUUUUCCCUCCUCGGGAUUCCAGUCACAUCUCGAUCGCAGCGACGGUGACCGGAGAAGGUAGAAAUAUUAUCUCACUGCGCGUCAUAGUUGAGGAUACUUGGGAGCUGUCGCGUGAUAGAUCUGCAGUAUGUGUGCCAGCCAUCAGCGAUGAAGAAACGACAGAAUGGUCAAGACCAGGAGCUCUGAUCCAACAAGUUUGUUUUGCACGGCCGCCCGAGGGCGAGAAACAAGGAACUUUGAUGGCUGCUCGCCUUCUUGACUCGACCAUGCUAUUUCGGCCUCUAUAUAGGAAUGCUCCAGUAGCACCUGCCAACCUCUACCAUAGCAUUAAUCCCAGUUUGCUACGAACGUCUCGUCUUGAUGCGAAUCCCCUUGUCGAGAUACCGAUCACAUGGACCGGGGGUUACCCGCAUGCUGAUAUGGCAUUUAACCCUCAUCAAGAUAGAUUGGCCAUCAUCGACGUUCAGGGCAACUGGAGUAUUUGGGAAAUUGAGACCGAACACAAAGAAGGCAAAGCCAAUGCAUUUGUCGUUGCUGGCCCUAGAGGCUCGAUGUCAUCACUCGAUCCAAUAGGGACCGAUAAUAAUAAGCAUCGUUGCAGGGGAUCCAUUCAGUGGGUCAAUGCCUCGACAGUUUUGGUUGCUGAUCGUCGAACUGCUGUUCUUUUUCAUCUGGAAGGAAAUGAAUCCCGCGCUCUCGAAUUGAAAUUGAAGAGUCAGCUUGGAAUGGAGAGCCUGUUCGAAAUGGAGAGCGACAGCGAACUGGAGACCGACGCUGAAAUUGAAAGCGAUGCUGACAUGGAGAGCCAGCUUGAAUUGAUCCUGGAUGUGAAGAAGAGCACCCACCGCACAUCACUGUUCUUUAUUCUCACAUCGACCCGACUUCUGCUCUUCGACAUGAGAAAUGCAAGGGAUGAAGAGGGUAGACCCUUGCCUCUAGAAGCAUCCCUGAUCUGGCGUUUUGAUGGAUAUGUCUGUGACAGGACUUCAAGGCUCAGUGAUUUACUGAUCGGAGACUAUCUGUAUCUCGUCUUGUACUCCCGCCGUCGUGAGAUGGUUCGAGUAUUUCCAUACACUGAAACGAAGGGAUUUGUCCGUCCAGAUUCUUUCUUGUUGAAAUUCCAACCACCACUAGACCCGUCUUCUAUAGAAUCUAUAGAAGGCGAGCAUUUUGAUAACCCGCCCCGUUAUUCCACAUUCGUGUUUAAAGAAGUCGCUUAUUCCCCUGUUGGAAUCGCACCCCAUCCUGAAAUGACUCUUAUCAAGCUUUUUUGGGUGGAUAAAUCUCUCGCCGUGCAUGAAACGCUUUUCAAGGGCCCAGCUCAGAUGCGAAAGCGCAAUGAAGAGAAGGUCAACGGCAAUAUCCUUCGUGCGAGUAAAAGCCCCUUUGCGAGAGUCUUGAGCCGCAUUUACGACGAUUUCGUGGUUGACGACUGGAACGAGGAUGUAAGGCCUCCCCAGACUAGGGCACGAAAAGCCCGACUGAUUAAACCCAAAACUCUUUACGAAGAUUUGCGCUGGACUCUGAACUUUACUCCCCUUUAUAAACAUGCCUUGAAGGGGAUUGCUGGCUGUGUUGCUCAGGUCAAGCUUGAACGGUCUCGGCCUAGCUUUGACCGAAUUCUUCGUAAUUUGGCUAAAACAGCGAAUGCAAAACGGCAAUGUCAAUCUAUAUUCCAGAUUAGCGGUCGACCAAUGUCAAAUGAUAUCGAGCAAAGUAUUGAUGACACGAAACGGCUCAUGUCAAUCCUUCUCCCUGAGCACCCCAAUCUUACACCCCAUCAACCAUACAUGAUUUUAAGGCUUCCAUCUUCCGAUGUGAUUUCAGGCAUGCCAGUGGCUUCCCAGGCCAAGCAGUCAAGCCUGGAUUUCUUGGAGAUUUAUGACAAACUCAUUGACCAGUGGCUCACCAGUCUCCCACCUACAAUACCCUACCGGACGCGUCGGAUGAAAGAGAGAAUAAUUCGUGGCAUCGCCCUCGAUAUGUUCUUGGCAAGAAUUAUUCAAACUCCCAAGGAGGCCAAGGUUGCGAAAUCCUCCAAGGACAUGGUUCAGGCCGGACCAGCAUCCUCACAGCUUCCUUCAAGCCAAAAUACAGAAUUGGAGUACAGGAGCUCUCAGCAAGGGCCGGAAAAUGAGAAGGCUCCUGCAGACUUCCGUAGUCUUUCUGGAUUUAUUGUCUUCAAAAAGCCCCGCCCCUUGCGCCAAAAAGUUGUCAACGUGCUGUCCCAUUGGCAGGUAGGGGCUGAUCCCUCCACUUACAAUUGGAGACAAGUCACACAGGCACAGGAGGGUGGACCACCUCAACAUCGUGUGCGCAAGAAGCGAUCACGGCAAUCCCAGUUAUCGCAGACGCCGGUCGCCCCGCCAUCCCUGCGCAUACCCAGUACUCCCCAGAUUCGGACCUGGGGUAGUCAGCCUGACCAACGGUUCCCGGCCAGCAGUCAGCCUUCGAUUAGUGACAAAUUCAUGACUCAGACCGAGCGAGGACAAUUUGGCGCACGGAAACUGAAGAGUACUAAGAAGAGGAAGCGGGCCGAAGGGUUCUAG